CUUAGGAAGAAGGGUACCAAGGAGAUGACGGAGACACUGUCGGACGUCCUCCAUCAAUUUCCUUCCGGGGCAAGCCAUGGCGGGUCCGUCGGCAGUCUCAACGUACAUCGUGGUGGGUGCGGGCGUAUUUGGAGCUUCGACUGCCUUGGAGCUUGUCAAGGCGGGCCACAAGGUCACCGUCCUCGAGCGAUCACAAGACGGGUUCCACAGCCCCGACGCAGCGUCCAACGACCUCAACAAGAUUGUCCGCGCUGACUAUUCGGACCCACACUACCGAGACCUGGCCAAAGAGACGAUCUCCAUCUGGAGGAGGUCUCCACUCCUGUCCCGUUUCUACCACGAGACUGGCGUCCUCUUUCGAAGUGGCCACAACAGCACAGAGGGCGACGCCUACCUCGAUGUGGGCGUUGCCAGAGCCAACGAGGCUGGCAGUACCCUUCUCGAGCAGCCCCACCCUGGCAAGAAGCUAAAGCCAUCGGCAUACCACAUCAAGAGCGGCGAGGAAGCUCUGCGGUGCUUCCCACCGGCCGUGCGACCAAGGCUGGGAGAGUGCAUCUCGAAGAUCGGCUCCAGGGCGGCCGACGGCCAGCAAGGGUACUUCAAUGCGCGAGGAGGAUGGGCAGAGGCGGAUCAUGCAACGCGAGCCGUGCUCCAGGAGGCCAUUCGACUGGGUGCCCAGGUGGUGAGCCACGCCCAGGUUGACGAGGUUCUCUUCGACCAAGGGGACAAAACGCGCGUCGUUGGCGUCAAGACGGCCGAUGGCCGCAGCUUCUUCGCUGGAGGCCCUGACGGCCAUGUCAUUCUCUGCGCAGGCGCGUGGACGAGGGGCUUGCUGAAGCGCAUCGCCCCGGAGCAAUUCGAUGCGUGGGCGCCCAUGGCCCCUACUGCCCAGUGCGUGAUUACCGUGCAGCUCGACGAGGAGCAGAGGCGAGCAUUCAAGGACCUCCCUGUCGUGUUCAACAUCGAAACCGGUUUCUACUGCUUUGAGCCAGAUGAGCACGGCCUCGUCAAGGCCGCCUUCCACUGCGAGGGCUACCAGCGUCCGCUGCCGGAUCCCUCGAUCCCCUCUACCUAUCCAACAUUUACCACACAGCAAGACGGGCCCGUCGACGAGUCGCUUGUGAGCACCCGCGCCGCUCCGCGCGUCCCAGCAGACACGCCUCAACGUCUGCUGCAGGAGCUCGGCCUGGUCUAUCCAGAGCUGGCCAAGCUCAAGAUUGACUCGGACAGAAUUUGCUUCUACUCGGAGAGCGAGGAUGAGAAUUGGAUAAUCGACUACCUGCCCAGGGCAAAGGGUCUCAUCCUUGCUGGCGGUGACAGCGGCCAUGCCUUCAAGUUCUUGCCCAUCCUCGGUCAGCUUGUCUGCGCCCGCCUUGGUCACUCGCAGGUCCCCAGCUUGACACCGCACCAGGACCGCGUCUUCUCAUUUGCCUACCACACUGAGCUUGCUCGACAGAACGAGCGCGUAACCUCAUCGAGUGCUUCUGCCUCUUCGUCCUCAGCCCAGGCCACGCUGCGAGGUCGACUGUGAAAUGACAAUUGAAAUAUUGAUAGAACUGACAAGGGUUCUCUUUCCUUUUUUUUUUUUCGUUAGG